GAAGCCUUCUGAGCCGCGACUCCAUCCCCAAGCACCCCGGAGGUUCGCCACUCUGGAGCAGCUGAAGAAGUUCACAGCAGGUGCCGAGCACAAGAAUGCCAAUGCUGAUGCUUCGACUUCCCUCGAGAACUCGUGGGGCUCAACAGAGACAGACAAGCUGACGCGAACAGUGACGUUCGCUCCGGCUUUGGAGAUUCUCACAUACUCAGUGGCAGUGGACGAGUAUGAGCACGAGGAGGAGCCCCACUGGAAG